AAAAGAUGUUCGUUCGACGAAUCAAAAAAGACGCGAAAUCACGAGAAAUUUUAAGCAUUAACUUAACACCACACGUUAUUACUUUCUAUUUCGAAUCACUGGAGCGCUGCUAUCGGAUCACACGCGAACUAAGCUUCUCCAUCUCCAACCUGCAUUUUUGAUACAACAUGUGCAACGCCGUGCAGUGUGCUAAGAAGUGAAAUGCGGUUAACAGGUGUGUUCGGUGAAUAAACGCAUAGUGACGAAUUUUCGGCGUUUUUGUAGUUUCGUCUUUGAUCGGUGGUUUCAUUGUAGUGUAGUUUUUAUUCCUUUAAGAAGUGCUCAGUACGGUUUUCUUCAAUAAUAUAGAUUUUAUUCAACUUAUACGUCGUGAAACUUGAUUGAACUUCAAAUCAGUUUUUAUUCAUUUGCGGUGGAUUUAUUUGCCGGUGUAAAUGACGGAAGAAGUGUGGAAAUAGGUGCAUCUCGAAGCUUAUGUACCUACAAGCAACGAGUACCUAUUUGGAUAGCAUUUCACAUGAGAUCAGUCUAACGAAGAAGAUAACUGACGUUGUAAAAUGCGACUAUUUCGCAGCAGAAAGGAUGAUGUACCGGCCGAACAAACAUCGUACAAGACUGUCAAAGCACUACCCGCUAUUAUAUUAGAAGAUGACCAAGGACCUGCUGAAAUGAAAAGAAGACUCUCAACAUGGGGCAGGAAAAUGGGCAAGAAGUUGGAAGUGCUACGACGCAGCGACUCUAAAGACUCUCUGAACAGUACAACGAGUCGAGGCUCAAUUAGUCGCAAAUUACCAUGGCGUCUAGUGCGAUCGCCGUCGUCAUCGAGUCAGCUUAAAAUCAACGACCCGGUUCCCAAUUGCGAACCUAUUGAAAAAUCCACUUUUAAAAGUUUCUUUCAUCGGAUCGGCUCGACGAGUAUUUUAAACCACUCGACAGAUUACGAACCAGAGAAAAAAGUCACCGAGAAACCGAUGUACAGAAGUUUAUCCACUUCGCAGCUCGUAAUGUCAUCUUAUAUCAAAGGAGAUGACCCAGCAGACUACAUAGGCGAUAGUGAAAAAGAUACAUCGUGCAGCUACGAAGAAAACCUACACACAAUUUCCGCCCCCACCAUGUCUAGUAUUAGUUACGUUCCUACGAAAACAGUCAGCUGUGACAAUAUCACCGCCAUCGAAUCAAAAGUAGAACCAAAUUUGACGCCUAGCAGUCGAAAGUCCAGCUUUCCUUACGCUUUCCUACGCUCCAAGCUAUCAGUGUUACCCGAAGAAAACGGUGGCAGCGUUUUAAAAAAUUUCAACUGCCCUACGCCCAGAUCCGAUAAAUCCAAGUAUACUCCUCAAAGUCCCAGCUUAUGCUGUAAAUUCGAGUACAAACGUAGCUCAAGUUACGUGAGCUCGAACGAAUCCGGAUACGACAGCGAUAGUGCCAGAGUAUCUGAGAAAUCCGAAGUCAUCGGAGGAGACAACAGUCCAAAUAAUUUAAAUAUAAGUUCGGAUGGCGAUAAUACCAGUUUAGUUGCUCAAAGUACCAGUGAUAAUAACGACAACGAUUCCGAUUUCGUUGACGGAAAUUUCGCCGAUUUCGAACACCAUACUGAUAUGUAUCUCGAUCAAAUGGAUACCAAUAAAUUAUUAGAUUUAUCUCAAAUCUAUACUUUAGAUAGUCAAUUAGAAAGUAUGUCCAAUGAUCUAUCCUUAUCAAAUUUAUCCGAAAAUAGUAAAAUUCUCAAUACGCCAUCUAUGAAUUUGUUUUACAAAAAGAACGAAUAUUUGAAAAAUAGAUUGGCUAGUGAAAAUACUACUUCGAAACCGAAAUUCACUAGGCAUAUGUUUAUCAAGAACUCGACACGGAGGGAGUUCUGUCGAUACAUGAAAAAUAAUAUUUCUAAAAGCUACGAACACGAUCUAAGUUCGUUACCUAGUUCGGUGAACGAUCAUACUCAUAGAUAUAAAUUAAUACGUUUGAUUAAAAAUACCAUUGACGAAGAUUUGGGCAUUUACUUGACUAUGAAAAUACAUCACAUUCCAUCUAAAAGUCACCGUUCCGACGAAUACAACAUACAAGAAACCAGAGAAGCUAGAUAUGUUGUGGUCAAACUCGAACCAGGCAAAAUAGCUGAAAAAGACGGUCGCAUCCAUUUAAACGACGAAGUCGUGAACGUAAAUGGUCGCAUGCUACGCGGUAUUACAGAUUUAUUCGAAGUUCAAUCAAUUUUAAAUCGAAGCCUACCAAAAGAAUCAGGAACCGGUUACUACGUAGACAUAAUGAUUUCACGAAACACUCGAGACAGACUUACUGAUACUGAUUGUUCUAGUCACUGUCCUGUAUCCAGGGAAAGCUCAACUUGUAUAUUACUAAAUACUUUAGCACUUUCAGAGCAAAGAGAUGACAGUUGUAAUGAAGACCAACGGCACCGAACAGAUAAAAGAAACAGCCUUACGUUGAAUUUAAGACGUCACAGUACCGCCAGCGAGUCGUUAGAGUGUUCAUCGCCAUCUGUAAUAUCGGUUACUUUUAAAAAAGGCGUGGGCCAAAAGUCUUUAGGUUUCAGUAUAGUCGGGGGUAAAGAUUCGCCUCGAGGAGAGAUGGGUAUUUUCGUCAAAACCAUCUUUUCAUCUGGUCAAGCCGCCGAACAUGGAUCUUUACAAGAAGGCGAUGAAAUUUUAUCAGUCAAUGGUGAAGAAUUAGCUGGCCUAUCACAUGCUGAAGCUAUACAAGUAUUUAAACGUGUACGAAAUGGACAAAUAAGGCUGAAAGUGGCGAGGCGAAAAAAUCAAAAUCAAAGUGACAAAAAUAAGGUGCCAGACUUCAUGAAAAUUAAAUUUCAAUGAACCAUUGCGUGAUUGCCAUGAGACUCUUGUGUUCCAAUGUUUAUAUAAUUUUGUAAAAAUAUUUAAGAUUGAUGUUCAAGUGUUAUACAAUAGUUCUCUCAUUCAUUAAAAUUUUCAUGUGUUUUA